AUGGCCACGGGGGCCAUGAGGUUUAGUGACUCCUCACAUGAGUCAGUCUGCCGUAAACCAAGGAAUGCUGGUGGGCAGAACAAUGGACCCCCCACAGAGAUCCGACACAGUCAGGUGUGCUUCCCCGCCCCUUCGCUCACAGAUUCGACACGGUCAGGUGUGCUUCCCCGCCCCUUCGCUCACAGGUCCGACACAGUCAGGUGUGCUUCCCCGCCCCUUCGCUCACAGGUCCGACACGGUCAGGUGUGCUUCCCCGCCCCUUCGCUCACAGAUCCGACACGGUCAGGUGUGCUUCCCCGCCCCUUCGCUCACAGGUCCGACACGGUCAGAUGUGCUUCCCUGCCCCUUCGCUCACAGGUCCGACACGGUCAGGUGUGCUUCCCCGCCCCUUCGCUCACAGGUCCGACACGGUCAGGUGUGCUUCCCCGCCCCUUCGCUCACAGGUCCGACACGGUCAGGUGUGCUUCCCCGCCCCUUCGCUCACAGGUCCGACACAGUCAGGUGUGCUUCCCUGCCCCUUCGCUCACAGGUCCGACACGGUCAGGUGUGCUUCCCUGCCUCUUCGCUCACAGGUCCGACACGGUCAGGUGUGCUUCCCUGCCUCUUCGCUCACAGGUCCGACACGGUCAGGUGUGCUUCCCUGCCUCUUCGCUCACAGGUCCGACACGGUCAGGUGUGCUUCCCUGCCCCUUCGCUCACAGGUCCGACACGGUCAGGUGUGCUUCCCCGCCCCUUCGCUCACAGAUUCGACACGGUCAGGUGUGCUUCCCCGCCCCUUCGCUCACAGGUCCGACACGGUCAGGUGUGCUUCCCCGCCCCUUCGCUCACAGGUCCGACACGGUCAGGUGUGCUUCCCCGCCCCUUCGCUCACAGGUCCGACACGGUCAGGUGUGCUUCCCCGCCCCUUCGCUCACAGGUCCGACACGGUCAGGUGUGCUUCCCCGCCCCUUCGCUCACAGGUCCGACACGGUCAGGUCCGACACGGUCAGGUCCGACACGGUCAGGUGUGCUUCCCCGCCCCUUCGCUCACAGGUCCGACACGGUCAGAUGUGCUUCCCCGCCCCUUCGCUCACAGAUCACAGCAGCUCCGCUUAG